GUUGAUAUAAGCCUGCAGGACUUUGCUGCUCCUGCUUGCACUUAUCUAUCCCUUAGACCUCGUCACAUUCCUCAUGCUUCGAAAGACGCAGGCUUCAGCCACAGUUAUGUCAUAGGGACUCAGCCACGGUGCCCAGCCCGACGAACUGCAGUCUAACCGUCACCGGCUCUUCUGAGCAGAGGCACCACCCAAUUACCUACUUGGUUCUCUACUAGUGACGGUGCUGAACAAAAGGAACUCUUUCCCCCCCACUCCACCUUUUCCCCCCUUCCACCCACUCUCUCUACUCUGUACUCCUGACGACUCUCCGACCGUGUCAUUCCCCUGGUUUACCACCUCAGUCCGGUACUAAACGACCCUCUCCCUCCAAAUCUCUCCAAACCGGCUCCUUCCGCGGGGUUUGCGCUCCCUGCGGCGAAUCAGAGAUGAGUUUGAAAGGCUUUCAGAAGAGCAUUGUCCGCGCACCACAACAAUUCAAGGCCAAGUUCAACAUUGGCGAGCACACCAAGGACCCUGUCUACUUGGAUGCGGAGCGCAGAUUCCAGGAGCUCGAGAAGGAAACCAAGAAGCUCCACGAUGAGUCGAAAAAAUAUUUUGACGCCAUCAAUGGCAUGUUGAACCAUCAAAUCGGCUUCUCGAAAGCGAUGACCGAGUUAUACAAGCCCAUUUCCGGCCGUGCGUCAGACCCCAGUUCGUACACGAUCGAAGGCAACCCGGAGGGAAUCAGGGCGUGCGAGGAAUACGAGGCCAUCGUGCGGGAUCUCCAGGAAUCCCUCGUCCCCGAGCUGGAAAUGAUCGAGACCCGCGUCAUCAGCCCGGCAGAGCAAUUGCUGGAGGUGAUCAAGGUCAUUCGCAAGGUGGCUGUGAAGCGGGACCACAAGAAGCUUGACUACGAUCGGCAUAACAACUCGCUCAAGAAGCUGCAGGACAAGAAGGACAAGUCGCUCAAGGACGAGAAGGCGCUGUACAAGGCCGAGAACGACGUGGAGCAGGCCACGCAGGAAUACAACUACUACAACGACUUGCUCAAGGAUGAGCUGCCCAAGCUUUUCGCACUCGAGGCCGAGUUCAUCCGGCCGCUCUUCCAGUCCUUCUACUAUAUGCAACUGAACGUCUUCUAUACCCUCCACGAACGGAUGCAGGGCAUCAACAUCGGCUACUUCAACCUGAAUCUGGACAUCGAGGAGGCGUUCGAGGCGAAGCGCGGCGACGUCAAGGAGCAAGCGGAGGCCCUCACGAUCGUGCACUUCAAGGCCACGGGAGGACGCCGGCCAGGAUCGAAAUUCGGGCCCAAGGACAAGCUGGCUCAAGAGAACAAGGGCGGCUAUCCGUCGCGCAAUAAGGACCCCGAUGUCGUCGAGAACCCCCCGCCCCCGUAUUCUGCCGACUCCAGCAGCUACAUGGCCGCGGCCAAGAGCAAGCCCGCCCCGCCGCCACCCAAACCCAAGCCGGCGCGGUUCAACGCACCCGUCGAGACCGUCACUGCGCUAUACGAUUACGAGGCGCAAGCGCACGGGGACCUCAGCUUUUCUGCAGGCGAGGUCAUCGAGAUCAUCCACCGUACCGAAAACCAGAACGAAUGGUGGACCGGACGUGUCAGCGGAAGAGAGGGCCAGUUCCCAGCAAACUACGUCCAACUCAACUAGCAUCAUUCUAUAAUACUUUUGCUCACCAUUGCAUUGCCAAUGCUUUCUUUUCCUUGCUUGCUUGCCUUUGGACUACUAUCUGGAGUUGUGGGAGCCACCACCACUGUGCAUCACUUCGAUGCCGUGUCGGUCGUUUUUUAAAGCUUUUUGCCGUCCCUAUUUUAUCAUGGCUUAUCUUUGCUAUAGAGCAUUUUUGUGUGCAUGAUAAUGACCCGUUCGCUGUAUAUACUUGAAUCUCACGAUCCGAUCGAUCGACUUCUGCUAC